AUGCAAAAACAGAGCAGCGACAGUGACGUCAUUUUCCGAUCAAAGCUACCGGAUAUUUACAUCCCAAACCAUCUCUCCCUCCACGACUACAUCUUCGAAAACAUCUCCGAAUUCGCCUCCAAGCCAUGCCUAAUCAACGGUCCAACCGGACGCGUGUACACUUACUCCGACGUCCACUCCACCUCCCGCCGAACCGCCGCCGGUUUUCAAAAACACGGGGUUAACCGAAACGACGUCGUGAUGAUCCUCCUCUCGAAUUGCCCCGAAUUCGUCCUCGCUUUCUUCGCCGCCUCUUUCCUCGGCGCGACUUCAACCGCCGCGAACCCGUUCUACACCCCGGCGGAGAUCGCGAAACAGGCCAAAGCCUCCAAUUCGAAACUCAUCGUCACCGAAUCCCGCUACGUCGAUAAAAUCAAAGACCUCCAAAACGACGGCGUUGUGAUCGUCUGCAUCGACGACGACGAAUCCGCCCCGAUCCCGGAAGGCUGCCUCCGAUUCACCGAGUUGACUCAGUCAAACGAAAUCGACGCUGCGGAGAUUCCUUCCGACGACGUGGUGGCUCUCCCUUACUCCUCCGGCACGACCGGUCUACCCAAAGGAGUGAUGCUGACCCACAAGGGACUGAUCACGAGCGUCGCUCAGCAAGUCGACGGCGAGAAUCCGAAUCUGUACUUCCACAGCGAUGACGUCAUCCUCUGUGUUCUGCCCAUGUUCCAUAUCUACGCUCUGAACUCGAUUAUGCUGUGUGGGCUCAGAGUUGGUGCGGCGAUUCUGAUAAUGCCGAAAUUCGAGGUUAAUCUGCUUCUGGAGCUGAUCCAGAGGUGUAGAGUGACGGUGGCUCCGAUGGUUCCGCCGAUUGUGUUGGCGAUUGCGAAGUCGACGGAGACUGAGAAAUAUGAUUUGAGCUCGAUUAGAGUGGUCAAGUCUGGCGCUGCUCCGGUUGGUAAGGAGCUUGAAGCUGCCGUCAAUGCCAAGUUUCCUAACGCCAAACUCGGUCAGGGAUACGGAAUGACGGAAGCAGGUCCGGUGCUAGCAAUGUCGUUAGGGUUCGCAAAAGAGCCGUUUCCGGUGAAAUCAGGAGCUUGCGGUACCGUUGUAAGAAACGCCGAGAUGAAAAUCGUCGAUCCAGACACCGGGAAUUCCCUUUCGAAGAACCAACCGGGAGAGAUCUGCAUCCGAGGUCACCAGAUCAUGAAAGGGUACCUCAACAACCCGGCGGCCACAGCAGAGACGAUCGACAAAGACGGUUGGCUUCACACCGGAGAUAUCGGAUUGAUCGAUGACGACGACGAGCUUUUCAUCGUCGAUCGGUUGAAAGAGCUUAUCAAGUAUAAAGGUUUUCAGGUGGCUCCGGCUGAGCUAGAAGCUCUCCUCAUCGGCCAUCAAGAUAUCACCGACGUCGCCGUCGUCGCAAUGAAAGAAGAAGCUGCGGGUGAAGUUCCUGUCGCGUUUAUAGUGAAAUCGAAGGAUUCGGAUUUGUCGGAAGAUGAAGUGAAACAAUUCGUGUCGAAACAGGUUGUGUUUUACAAGAGAAUCAACAAAGUGUUCUUCGUCGAUUCCAUUCCUAAAGCUCCAUCAGGGAAGAUACUGAGGAAAGAUCUGAGGGCAAAACUAGCCAAUGGGUUGGUGAACUAA